UGGAGCCGACCAGCUGACCUUAAAGCUGGCUGCGAUGUCUUGGAUAUAGUAUGUGAGCUUAGCAUCACUCGCUCAUGCGUCCCCAAUACUAGUAGACAGUCCCACUUCUACCACAGACAUGCCACUCCAGUCGCUGAACGAAGACGCGCUCGUGAGCAUCGUGUCGUAUCUGGACGCGUCGGACGCACGUCAGCUCUCCCUGACCGCGCAUGGCGCGGUCCACGUCGUGGCCAAGCAUCAGGCCCUAACAUCGGUCGCGGUGCACUCCAUUGCCAACACGACGAGGUUCUGCAUAUAUAUCCUCACCGACAUGCCGCACCGUCUACCAGCCUUGCAUGCCUUGGAGGUCGACACGCGAUGGAUAAUGGAUGGUCCGGUCACCGAAGAAGAGCGUCUCGCUGUGGCAUCCCUCCUCGCGAACGUGCUAGAAAGGGCGAACAACCUGCGGAGGCUCGCAUUGACUGGUACAGAGGCGUGGAUACUCGACAACCGCCGCAUUACCGACGCGGUGUCCUCGAUGCGAUUCCUGUCUGAGAUCUCGUUCGAAGGUCUUGGUCGCUGCACCCUGAACAUGAUUCAUUUCUUGGCCGAGGUGUGGGUUCGACCGGAUGGGGAGUCAGCUUUAGACCUCCGCGUUCGACAUGACUUCACUCUGCCGAGCGUCACACAACUGGUCUUGAAGGGCCAUAUAUCUGAUCUCAUUCCAGCACCAAUCUACACAAGGACCUUCCCCAAUGUCCGCUAUGCUGAUCUCGGAAGUUCGAGCAAGCGAUGGGAUACUGAUGUGGUGACACUAAACUGGCCUUACUUGCAGCACGUCAAGGGUACGGCAGAAGCUCUCAGCAGUUGGGUCAACGCGGUGCCCGUGCAUCUCAUGGAGGUCACCACCCCGUUAUGGCAUUCCCCCCAUAGCCUUGUGGUCAGCGUAUCGUCAAGGCUCGGCGUGGACUUCGUCAAGGCAUCAUCGCGGUUGCGAUACCUUUCCGUCAGUCUGCACGAUAUCCGCAAUACCGCGGAUUGGGGCACUCAGUUGUAUGGAUGGUGGGAGGGAGUUUCCCCAGUAUUUGCCGAUACAGGCAUCAUAUGCCUGCAAUGGAUCUCUUCCGCCGCACCAUCCUGUGUGGAAACAUUCGGCGCCAUCAUCACUGCUGUCCCCACUCUAGCGAAGCCGUGGCGUCUCUGCCUGCGUGAAGAGAGCAAGGAGCCAGAAGACGAUCACCAGCGUGCACUCACGUACUGGUGGAGGUUGCGCGGCGCUGGCGACGAUCGUGUUGCAGAACCACUUGAUGUAGCCGUCGGGGAGCGUAUCGCUGCCUACAUGUCCUCGCCGAGUUACGAUUACACGAAGGACUUCGAUGAAACCAACUUCGAGAUGUAACUCAGCACUCAGCGGCCACCUGGAAUGGCGGGACUAGCUGUCUUAAGUUUAUGUCCGUUAUGUUCCUGGUAGCAAUCGACAUGUCGAACGUAAGUUCCGUAGUCUGAGAGGGAUGAGAUUGGCGUUCUCCGUG